CUGUAGAGGGCGCGUCUGAGCAGAGACGUGCAGGAGAACUCACCUAAAGAAGAAGAAGAAGAAGAAGAAGAAGAAGAAGACAUCAUGUGUCGUUACCAGAUUCUUUAUAAAAAGUUACUUUACUUUAUUUCCAUAACACCAGUGACACGAGCUGCUAUUAUUAAUUAUUAUUUAUAGACGUUAAUACAAAAAAUGCCUCCCUGCAGAUGAACGUGAGUGACGUCAUAACGACUCGACGCUCACGUUAGCUUAGCUCGUUGUUUGUGGAGGAUAAAGUGAGUCGAGCUGUUGAUAGAGAGACAGAGUGGAGCCGAUGGAGGACAGUGUGAUGGAGUCGGACCCGGCGGAGGUCUCUGCCCCGGCUCCUCUUCACGGGGUCGCGGACGCGUGGGAGAGUGUCACUGCAGCGCUGGUGUCCCCUGGCGGCUCGGGGCCGGAGCCGGGCCUCUCGGACUCUCUGGCCCUGCUCUGUGCUCAUGGGCUGGGGCGGCUGCUGGGCGGCUGGCUGCUGGAGACUCUGCAGAUGCGUUUGUCGUCGUCUGUGGUUCCUGAGUUCUGGUCCGGACUCAAGCAGCCAGAGAACGAGCUGGAGGAAAGAGACCGGGCCUGGGUUCUCCUCACCGUCUUCCGGACGCUGCUGGACCGGCUGGAGCCGUUCCUGGGUGGUCUGGAGCGGCUGGGGAUGUGGCAGGAAGAGGGUCGUGGUGGUCUCUGUGGCCCGGGGCCCAGGGGCCUCCAGGAGCGGGCCUUCACCAUCAUCAGGGCCCUCCUCCUCUUCUCCCCAUCACCUGUGCUCCAGGAGCGAGUGCUGGAGUUUUACAGCCGGACGUUCUCAGUCUACAUGAACCAGGAGGGGGUGGGGGAGGAAGGGGCCGAGGCUCCUGAGGUCCCAGAGGGGGGGGUCUGCCGUGGCUGUGGGGUCCCAUCACAGCAGUGCUGGUGCCAGGAGGCUCUGGAUCAACUGAAGGAGCUCAGCCACAUUCUUUCCAAACUGCAGCUGCUGGAGUGGGUCAGCUCAGAGGCCGUCACCUCCAUCCUCCACAAGCUCAUCGAGCAGCGGAUGGAGCAGCACUGCCGCGGCGAGUACGAGUGUUCGUUCCUGCUCGAGUUCCAGGAGUGGCUGGAGCUGGUGCUGGGCUGGCUGAGCAAAGUGUUCGCAAGCAAGGCGGACGCCGACGGUACGACUCCCAGCAUCCCCUGCACACCCAGCGCUCCCAGUGCCCAGGCCGGGCAGCCAGGCAGCUCCAUCCUGAAGCAGUGGAGAUGCCACAUGCACCAGUUCUUCUGCAGGAUCUACGUCAACAUGAGGAUCGAGGAGCUCUUCAGCAUCAUCAGAGAUUUCCCAGAAUCCAAAGCUGCCAUCGAGGACUUGAAGUUCUGUCUGGAAAGGACGAACCAGAGACAGCAGCUGCUCACCUCUUUAAAAUCAGCUUUUGAGAGUCGUUUGCUGCACCCAGGCGUCCACACAUCUGACAUCCUCACAGUUUACAUCUCAGCCAUCAAGGCGCUGAGGGAGCUGGACCCGUCCAUGGUCAUCCUGCAGGUUGCCUGCCAACCAAUCCGCAAAUACCUCAGGACUCGGGAGGACACGGUGAGGCAGAUCGUAGCCGGACUCACCGGGGACGCAGAGGGCUGCACCGACCUGGCGUCAGAGCUGUCCAGAGGAGACCCGGUGACUCUGGAGAUGCAGGACAGUGACGAGGAAGGCACCGAACCAGAGGACUGGACUCCGGACCCCACGGACGCUGUUCCAGAUAAAAUGGGUUCAAAGCGUCGCUCGUCGGACAUCAUCAGCCUCCUGGUCAGCAUCUACGGCAGCAAGGACAUCUUCAUAGACGAGUACCGAGCCGUGCUGGCCGACCGGCUGCUGCACCAGCUCAAUUACAACACUGCCAGGGAGAUUCGUAACGUGGAGCUGCUGAAGCUCCGGUUCGGAGAGUCUCACAUGCAUUACUGUGAGGUCAUGUUGAAGGACAUGGCCGACUCUCGCAGGAUCAACAGUAACAUCCGGGAGGAGGAGUCGAGGCUCGGCGAGGAGGAGGAGCAGCCGCCGCUGUCCCUGUCGUCCAUCAUCCUGUCCUCCGAGUUCUGGCCUCCGCUGAAGGAGGAGAAGCUGGAGCUGCCGCCGGUCGUCUGCCAGGCCAUGGAGGCCUACACCCACCGCUACGAGAAGCUCAAGGCCAUGAGGACGCUGAGCUGGAAGCCUCAUCUGGGCUCGGUCACUCUGGACGUGGAGCUGGAGGAUCGAACCCUCACCAACCUCACCGUGUCUCCCAUCCACGCCGCCAUCAUCCUGCACUUCCAGGAGAAGAGCUCGUGGACGCUGGAGGAGCUGAGCGUGAAGCUGGGCGCCCCGAGGGAGCUGGUGCACAGGAAGAUCGCUCUGUGGCAGCAGCACGGCGUGCUGAGGGAGGAGGCGGCCGGGCGCUACUACGUGGUGGAGACGGGCUCGUCCAAAGAGAAGAUGGAGAGAGGAGUGAUGCUGAUCGACAGCGACGAGGAGAGAGACUCCAACACCACGACCCAGUCCGAGCAGAGGGAGGAGAAGCUGCAGCUGUUCUGGGCCUACAUCCAGGCCAUGCUGACCAACCUGGACAGUAUGACACUGGACCGGAUCCACUCCAUGCUCCGGAUGUUCGUGGCCACGGGGCCUGUGGUCACUGAGAUGGACGUGAACGAGCUGGAGGCCUUCCUGCAGAGGAAGGUCCGCGAGCAUCAGCUGAUGGUCUCUGCCGGCGUUUACAGACUCCCCAAAUCCAACUGAGGGGGAGGAGCCACCGUCCGAGUGGGACGCUGCAUUCAGGUGUCCUCAGAAACGUCUGGAAUCCACAGAUAUCAGUUCCCAUAAAGUUACUGUUUGUUCCGCAGACGGGUUCUGAGCCUCAGUCUGAAAGAAGCUGAGACAUUUUAACAUUCCAGAGAGAAACUCCUUCUGCUCAAACUGGAUUUCAAUGUGAUGUGAAGGCUCUUCCUCUGAAGAUUGGUUUUCAAAAUAAAAGCACUUCCACCCUCCUCAGCGUCCAGAUGUUGAUGCUGCAGCUGGAGAUGACGUAGGUCAGGUCGUUUUGAACAUUCUUGUGAUUUAAAUAUAAAAUCUCUGUCUUGUC